UUCAACCUCGUGACAUUCCCCUAAAUUACUCCUUCUUGCUAGUAUUUUCUUACAUCUCAUUGCAGUUUUCAGAAAAUUGUUUCGAGAAGUUGUAAACCACUAUGGUUUAUGUGUCUAACUCUAUAUGCUAAAAGAAAUUAAACAUGGGUUGUAGCGGAUCGUCUCACGCCAAGCCAAAGAGACUUGUGAAAAAGAUAAUACGAAAGCCAAAACCAUGGAAGCAUCCACAGCCAAUAACAAGAAGUCAGUUGAUGCAGCUAAGGGAAGAGUUUUGGGACACUGCUCCUCACUAUGGUGGCAAGAAAGAAAUCUGGGAUGCGCUUCGUGCUGCGGCAGAAGCUGAUAUAGAGCUAGCUCAAGCAAUUGUGGAUAGUGCUGGGGUCAUUGUCCACAACACUGACAUGACCAUCUGCUAUGAUGAAACAGGUACCAAAUAUGAACUACCGAAGUACGUAUUGAGCGAGCCAACGAACAUGAUAAGAUACGAUUGAGAAGAUGAAUAGUAGUUGAAGGUGGUGCACAUAUAUGUUGUGUAAUUUUCGUUUUUUCACAGUCUGAGUUUGCUUCUGUCAUUUUCUUCUACCAUCAACUAUAACGUAAUUCCACCUUAGUCGCUACCACAUAACCCCUUUUUAAGUUUAAAGUGGCGAAACUGAAACCACCAAUUCCUUUUUUCGUUCAUACUCCAAAUUAAAUUUGCUAGGAAUAUUAGGAGUUGGGAUUCACCUACUGGUAGUAUUUGCUUCACAUGAACAAUUGGAUGACGAUUCCCAUAUUGAAAUAAGUGUACAAGCCAACAUUUUUCAAACUUUAGGUUAUCUAGUGCUUUGGUAAAUGUUAUGCAAAGGAAGAUAUGGUAUGACGGCUUAAAUGC